CUGCCGCCGAGAUACAUGGCCGCGCUCCGCCUCCCCGCCCCGCCGACGGCGGCGAGGUGGGGCCCGACGCCGCCCUCCGCCUCCGCGCGGUGGCUCAGCUCCGUGGGCCGGGGGAGCCUCCGGCGGCUCGCGGCCCGGGGAGGCAAGGGGCAGGAGGAGCCGCCGGUGAGGACGCUCCUGAUCGACAACUACGACAGCUACACCUACAACAUCUUCCAGGAGCUCUCCGUCGUCAACGGCGUGCCGCCUGUGGUGGUGCGCAACGACGAGUGGUCGUGGAGGGACGUGUACAACUGGGUGUACAAGGAGAGGGCCUUCGACAACAUCGUGAUCUCGCCGGGCCCCGGAUCUCCGGCGUGUCCUAGCGACAUAGGUGUAUGUCUGCGGAUACUUUGCGAGUGCGGGGAUAUACCCAUCCUCGGUGUCUGCCUUGGCCACCAGGCCUUGGGGUUAGUCCAUGGUGCUAAGAUUGUCCACGCUCCUGAAGCUAUCCAUGGACGACUUAGUGAAAUUGAACAUAAUGGAUGCUACCUCUUUAAUCAUAUCCCAUCAGGUAUAAACUCUGGGUUCAAGGUAGUGCGCUACCAUUCACUUGUAAUAGACGCAAGCUCUCUGCCUGAGGAUCUUGUAUCAAUAGCAUGGACUGCUUCUCCCAAAAUGCUAUCUUUUCUUGAUAGCGAUCAGCCUGAUGGUAUUCCCUUCUGGGGGUCGUUGAAUAACCUGUCCUUAUCGAACCCUUCAGAUUACACUAGCAAUGGUCAAGUGCCAAUCACCAUAAACAAUGCUAGUAAGUCAGAUUUCUGCAGGAUCGUCAUGGGCAUCAAGCAUUCUAGCAGGCCUCAUUACGGAGUGCAGUUUCACCCGGAGAGUGUUGCUACCCAUUAUGGAAGACAGAUUUUUCAAAACUUUAAGAGGAUAACAGCUGAAUUUGGAUCACAAUCAUUGUUGUUUCAGGAAAGAAAGGUUCACAGUCUUGGUAAACUGGAAAAAUCUCAAGUGAAUUCUGCAGAUCAAUGCAAUUAUGUUCCAAAGGGGUUACACACUGAAAGAGUGGAUCUUUGCAACUCUGUUGGGUCUAGCAUGCUUCUAGAGAGAAGAAGUCAGAAAAAAUUCUUGCGGUUGAGAUGGAAGAAGAUUGAUAACUUCGUCAGCCGCACAGCUGGUUCUGAAGCCAUUUUUUCAGUGCUUUUUGGUCACCAGAAUGCUGAAGAUACGUUUUGGCUUGAUAGCUCAUCCGUCGAUCAGAACAGGGCACGCUUUUCAUUCAUGGGCGGUAAGGGUGGACCUUUGUGGAAGCAAAUGACAUUUCACCUCUCCAAUCAAAGAGCCGAUUGUGGAGGAACUGUUACUGUUCGAGGUGCCCAUGGAUCUGCUGUGAAAAACUCUCUCAACGAUGGCUUCUUGGAAUUCCUGAAUAAGGAAAUUGAGUCCAUUGAAUACAACAAAAAGGAUUUUGAAGGGUUGCCAUUUGACUUCCAUGGUGGAUUUGUUGGAUAUCUAGGGUACGGUCUUAAAGUUGAAUGUGAUGCAUCAUCUAACAAAGCUAAGUCAAGUACUCCUGAUGCAUGCUUCUUCUUUGUUGAUAACCUUGUGGUGGUUGAUCACAAUAAUGGUGAUGUAUACAUUCUAUCAUUACAUGCCGAACAUUCUUCAAGUAAUGGAAAUGGAGUUUGUAGUAAUACAACACAUACACCAUGGUUAGUGGAGACUGAGAAGAGGCUUCUUGGGAUGAUUGCUACAGCACCAGGAGCACCGAUCAAUGGAAAGUCGCUUACUGGAUCAUCCAAUGUGGACACACAAAAUUUUGUCGUAGAAAAAUCAAAGGAUCAAUAUAUGAAGGAUGUUCAGAGUUGCUUGGAUUAUAUCAGGGAUGGGGAAAGUUAUGAGUUGUGCCUAACUACUCGGAUGAGAAGAGGGAUAGAGUAUAUAAAUGCCCUGCAACUGUACCUUAAAUUGAGGAAACAAAACCCAGCCCCAUAUGCAGCCUGGCUUAACUUCUCCUCAGAAAACCUGAGUAUAUGCUGCUCUUCUCCUGAAAGGUUUCUGCGACUGGAUCGAAAUGCAAUUCUAGAGGCAAAACCAAUCAAAGGUACUAUAGCACGUGGCAGAACACCGGAGGAAGAUGAAUGUCUACGUUUGCAACUGAAAUACAGUGAAAAGGAUCAGGCUGAGAACUUGAUGAUUGUCGAUCUUUUAAGAAAUGAUCUGGGGAAGGUCUGCGAGCCUGGGAGUGUGCACGUUCCUCGCCUUAUGGAAGUGGAGUCAUACAAAUCAGUUCACACCAUGGUGAGCACCAUCCGUGGAACAAAGAAGCCCGAUCUCAGCACCAUUGACUGUGUGAAAGCUGCCUUUCCAGGAGGCUCAAUGACCGGGGCACCGAAAGUCAGAUCGAUGGAAAUUCUUGACUCGCUCGAAAGCAGCCCGAGAGGAAUAUACUCAGGGUCGAUCGGAUUCUUCUCGUACAACCGCACGUUCGACCUGAACAUAGUCAUCAGGACGGUCAUCCUGCAUGAUGGAGAAGCCACGAUUGGGGCAGGCGGAGCGAUUGUGGCUCUAUCAGAUCCCGAGGCGGAGUACGCCGAGAUGAUGCUCAAAGCAAGAACUCCAACAAAGGUUGUCGAAGAGUGCAGCCAGACAAUAUACAGUUCAGAUCGAUCGGAUUCGAUGCGGACGACUAUAAGUUAGAAGAAUGGAGGACCACAUGAGCCAAUUUCUCUCUGAAGCUUGACCAACACUUGUUCAGCAUACAGCGUCCAUCACGGGUGGUUCAGCCUGACAAGCUUAUCUCUGCUGUUUGCCCGCAUGCUUAUGUCCUUGGACAAGAAGGAGGCCUGAUGGAAGCGGAGAUGUAAGGGCAUACUGGAAGUGAAGAAGUUUUUUUUUAUGGACGGGAAAGUGAAAGAAUUCAUGGUGGCAUAUGGUAUUCCCUAGUGUAUUAACAAUUGUAGAAUUUACAAACAAGCUAAAAGUUGGCACACCUAUUUUAUCUCUGUAGACGAUGAUGCACACUGAUCCCCACAAAACAAUGGUGUACACUGAUGAUACCUU